AUGUCUAAAGAACCUGCUUAACAAAGUGCUGGAAAGAAGCCAACCAUAAAAUUAGCAGAUAUGCCUGAAGAUAUGUAGCAAGACGCAUAAAGUAUUACUUUAUCAGCAAUUGAAAAAUAUACUAAUGAAAGAGAUAUUGCCUAUUAAAUAAAAAGAGAGUUUGAGCGUAAAUAUUUAGGUAAUUGGCAUUGUGUAGUCGGAAAGUAAUUUUCUUCAUAUGUAACACACGAAGAAGGCUAUUUUGUUUAAUUAUCUAAAGGUCCUCUACAAAUAUUACUCUUUAGAUGCUGA